AUGAGCGAUAUAAGCCAGAGACCUCGUGAGGUUCAUCUUUUCAAAUGGGUCGACGAAGCCGUCACAGAUGAGAUUACGAGGAUUGGUUGUAAACAUGAUGAUCUUGCCAAAAAUGUUACCCAUCUACGUAACACCUACGAGGCGCAAACUGGUGUUCAAGAGACAACAAUUGUCAACAAUGAAGAGGUCAUCCAACCAACGGUCAUUAACGAAGAUUUUAUUAAAACCUACGAGAUGCUCUGGUUUUAUGGGAACGUCUAUUCUCACUGA